AUGGUAAACGUAUUGCAAACAAUUCUGGACGUUCUUAGAGCAAACGGCCUCUGUAAUGAGAUAUUAGGGGAAUCAGGUCUUUCCGGAGGCUGUAUCAAUGAUUCACUUAAGAUAUCAACUGACGCUGGGCCACUAUUUGUCAAGACAAAUGCGUCGAGUAAUGCUACAACAAUGUUUGAAGGCGAAGCGGCUGCACUGAAUGCCAUUAACGAAGCAGUACCCGACUUUGCUCCAAAGGCUCUAUGUUCUGGUUCUUUGCCGACUGGAGGCGGUUUUAUCGUGCUAUCAUUUAUCCGAUUUACGGGUUCGAAUUCAAAACACCAAAUAGCGCUUGCCAAGAAGCUAGCCCAACUUCAUUCGACAACAUCUCCAAACGGGAAAUUUGGAUUUCCCGUAACGACAAUGUGCGGUUCUACUGAACAGGAUAAUACAUGGGAGAAUGAAUGGGUUACAUUUUACAAGGAGAGGCGACUGAGACCAAUGCUAAAGAGAUGUCAGCGAAAUAAUCCUAGCGAUUCCGAGUUG